CACGUGAUAGGGGGAGGGGAAGCCAUGGCAAUUCCUCAGUCCGAGGAGGAGUCGCCAUGGAAACGGCGCGAGCGGCGAUUUCCACCCGUCGGCAGCGCUGAGUACCCGAGUUUGCAGAAAGGAAGCACCGACUACCCCAAGCCAGUCUCGUACAUACCAACGUCAGAGGAGUUUCUGUCGUUUUCGAGAUAGAAAUCCGUGAAUUCUAUAUAGAAUUUGAAAGUGACACAGGAAGAAACCAGUUUGACUCGAGAAUAUUCCUUCAUGAUCGAUUUUACCCGCGGCCAAAAUUUACAUUUAAAAAAAAUAAAAAUCUGCCCACCCCAACCAAUCCCGGUUCUUUUUGAAAGGACUUCUGUUCCUUCGGCCAUCGCUGGUGCGAGAUUUACAACAGAAACACUGGGGAAUGGCCGUUAAUGUGUAUUCGACAUCAGUAACUAGUGAGAACAUGAGCAGGCAUGACAUUAUGGCCUGGAUAAAUGACACAGUAUGUUUAAACUACACAAAAAUUGAACAGCUUUGCUCAGGUGCAGCAUAUUGCCAGUUUAUGGAUAUGUUAUUCUCAGGCUGUAUUAGUUUGAAGAAAGUAAAAUUCCAGGCUAAAUUGGAACAUGAGUACAUACACAAUUUCAAACUGCUACAGGCAUCAUUUAAGAGAAUGAAUGUUGAUAAAGUUAUUCCAGUAGAGCGGUUGGUUAAAGGUCGCUUUCAGGAUAACUUAGAAUUCAUUCAGUGGUUCAAAAAGUUUUUUGAUGCAAAUUAUGAUGGUAAAGAAUAUGAUCCUGUGCUUGCUCGACAAGGUCAAGAUGCUAUUCCACCACCUAAUCCUGGUGAACAGAUUUUUAAUUUGCCAAAGAAGGCAGUAAGUUCUCCAAGUGCAGGUGCUGCUGCUUCAAAAAGCACUCCAUCUCCUAAAUCAGCGUCAACACCAUCUAGGCCGACUUCAGCUCAAGCUAGAAAGGCACCAGGAGCAAAAAGUGGUGGUGAUGCAGAAUCACAUAUUGCACAAUUGAAUGAGCAGGUGAGUUCAUUAAAACUCGCACUGGAAGGAGUUGAGAAGGAGAGGGACUUCUACUUUGGAAAACUGAGAGAAAUUGAGUUGAUUUGCCAAGAACAUGGGCAGGAGAAUAUUGACCUUGUUCAGCGACUUAUGGAUGUGCUAUAUGCUACCGAUGAAGGAUUUGCAGUGCCAGAUGAAGUUCAGGUUCAGGGUGAAGAACUGACUCAGGAGCCAGAAGAGUAUUAACUGGCAACAUGAGCAUUCACUUCGGAAUGAAGAGUACACUGAGGACUUCAUGGAAUGAAUUGCUUCAUUUUGAACAUUAGCCUUUUAUCUUCCAUACUCUGCAACAGCAAAGUACUGUAUUCCAUACCCAUUAUCUUACCACCAUGCAUUUACAGCCAUUAUGUUUCUUUACUGAAAAAAUGUGGUAAUUUUGGGACUAAAUUAACCAUUUGCAUUAUGGCUUAUGAGAAAUAUGGUUUGACAAAACAGUUGAUUUUGAAGUUCCAUAUCCGUCAUCAAAGGUUUUAUCAAGUAUGUUUGAUGAGCAAAGAUGCAGUAUUAGAAUUUUAUACUCACCAUGUUUAUUUUCCUUUUAAACCUGCUACGUGGAGAGUAACCCAUCACCUGCAUUCUGUGCGUUACACAGGCAAUGAGUGUUAACCUGUUUGUAUCUGAAAACAGUUGAGGAAUGGAUUCUGAAUUACUUAUAAAGAAAGGGUUAUUAAGUCGGAAUUCACCUGUUCUGAAAAUUAUCCACAAUCUGUUGCAUGAUGGGCUAGAUUUGUUUCCAAAACGUAAAUAAUUGCUAUUACUUUUAUCUUUCUACUUAUUUAAUAAUAAAUUGGUUGUGUGUUUAUAUUGUGGUCUGUGUAUAAAGGUCUUCAUAAGGAAACUACUAGCGCAGUGAUAUAAUACACAUAGAAAAUCACAUUCAUCAGGAGUUCCAUCUUAAAAUCACCAAGAUUAUUCUGACAGUCCGAUAGUGUUCACAUAUGGGCAGAAGGAAAAUUAAUACAAUAAUAGUACAGAUGUACAGGGUGGAUAAUGUGAUCUGGGAAUUGUAUCAACACCAAUAAAGAUACAAGUCUGAAUGACAAUCUUGGGAGAUGGUGCAUAUCAACUUACCCCUGAUUUUUUUUUAAAGAAGGUACUAGACAUGGAUUAGAGUUAUAGAGUAAUUAUAGCACUGAUGCAGCCGAGUAGGCUAAUCUGGAACUACAAACAAAAUCAAGGAGUCGGCCUUACUGCAUUAAUCAUACUAACUUGUGAGUCAGCUGAAAGAGUGACUUCUAAUGAUUUUGUUCGCAGUAAAAGUAGACCCCAUUUUUGGAAGGAAAUGUUGGAUAGUGAAAGGAAUAAAGCAUUACGCGUGCAAAUGAAAAUUCAUACCUGGGAUGUAUUAAUGGCAUAGAAAGGGGAAGACUAUGUUUCAAGUAAUCAGUGAUGUCAAAACUUGUUAUGAUACGAACAUAUCAGACAAAUGAGUGCAAUCUUAAUAUACGAGUUCUGUACAAGAUGACAUAUGUACGUUUCUAUCAUGGGUUUAUUCUCAUGUUUGUAUCUUGCUUUUUGUUCAUUUUUCACUCUGGUUUUUAUAAAAAUAUUGUAAUAGAUCUGUCAACUGUAACUAGGCUACUGCUUAUGUGUCAAGUAUGUGUAAAUGUAGGCUGUUUUGGUUUGUCUGUUUCCAACUGUAGAAUUGGAUAAUGCGUUAAUCCAUAACACUUUUUUUAAUACUUUAUUUGGCAACUUAACAUAAUUUCCUACUAAAAAUAUUAGGGAUAUGGCUGACAAUUUUGUUGAGCAAAAAUAAAUCUGAACCUCAUUGUUUUUGA